UAGAAUUAAUAUCACACAUCAUAUAAAUGGACUCCCAAUGGCCAGAAAACUCAUUGGCUGAUCUGAAAAUGUUAAUCAAAGAGUUGAAUUGCGGCCAAGAAUUCACACACAAGCUAAGAGAGGUGAUAAAAAAACCUCUAGGAAAUGGAUACACGAAUAUUUUCGCUGAGAAUUUGGUAGGGAAAAUCAUGAGUUCAUUUUGCAAGACUUUGUCAAUACUAAACUCUAGCAACUCCAAUGAAAAUUCUCCGAUUCCGGUGGUAGCCGUUUUUCCUUGUCGGAAAGACGGCCGGAUGUCGCCGGAAGACUCAACGGGCAGUUGCAAGAAAUCAUCAUCAAAAGAUCGAAGAGGAUGCAACAAGAAAAGGAAAAUUUCAGCGAAAAGCAUAAAAGAAACCUCAACUUUGGUGGAUGAUGGACAUGUUUGGAGAAAAUAUGGCCAAAAACAAAUUCUUGAUUCCCCUUAUCCAAGGCAUUAUUAUAGAUGUACCAAUAAAUUUGAUCAAGGAUGUGAAGCAAUUAAACAAGUGCAAAGAAUUCAAGCCAAUCCACCACAGUUUCGGACAAUAUACCAAGGUCAUCACACAUGUAAAACUCACCCCACAGUUUCUCGAAUGCUCUUAGAUUCUUCAAUAGAUUAUGAGGAUACUUCAAUCCUACUCAGUUUUAAUUCCAAGGAUAAUCAUUAUUACCAUCCUUAUAAUUUUCCCACAUUAUUUUCAACAAAAAAAGAAACCAAAGAGGAAGACUCUCUAAGUUGCUUCUACCCUAAUAACAACCAAAACCAAUCAUCAACCUCCGACUACUUUCUUCCGGCCAAUGAUUCUUGGACCCCGGUAGCUGAAACCUCCGGCGAUGUUAUGGCGGUGGCGUCAUCGUCGGGAUCUGAUAAUGUGGAUUAUAUCUCAUCUGGAUCAGUUUACUCUUCUUGUUGUACUAGCACUCAUAGUUUGGAGAUGGAUAUGAUGUUGGGUUCAAUUGAUUUUGACGAUUUGCCUUUUGAAUUUUAAGGAUAGAGGUAGAUUCA